GAAGACUAUUGAGUUGUUAAAUUGGUUCCGUCUGUUUGAUUUAUGUCGAGUUUUUCGGUUAUAUUUUUUUCUAACAUGAGCAUGUACAUUGGUUAUCUUUCCAAAACUUGUCCAAAGACAAGUUUGCAUUGGAAGUUCACUAACUUAACGUCAUUGAGAAUGUUGGGAAUUCCCCUAUCAAACAGGCUAAGCAGCAGGUCAUACUACAGGUGUAGUACUUCAGAAAUGGCAGGAUCCCAGGGAAACGAUGCUUAUCUCAGGAAUGCUCUUUCCAAAUACCAAUAUCAACACCUAGCAAAAAGGGACAUUUUGCAAGCAUUAUCACAUUUCAAGGAUUUGAAACCUAAUGUUGACAGCUUUGUCUUUAAUGAUGGAAACAGAAAAGAGCUGCUUUGUCUUGAAGGAACCAUACCAGUUACAUAUAGAGGUACUACCUUUAACAUACCAGUUUGUCUGUGGCUGUUGGAGACCCAUCCACAUAACCCACCAAUGGUGUAUGUAAAGCCAACAGCUAAUAUGCAGAUCAUGUCAGGGCAACAUGUAGAUACCAAUGGAAAAGUGUAUCUUUCAUAUCUUCAUGAGUGGAGACAUCCACAGUCAGACCUGCUUGGUUUAAUACAGAUAAUGUGUAUAAUAUUUGGUGAUAACCCGCCAGUGUUUAGGAAGGAAGCUGAGGGCACUUCCCCUAGGGCAGGGUACGUGCAUUCACCAAUAGGACUGUCACAUCCACUAGCAGGUAGAUUGUUCAUUAUAUCAUACACACACCCAUAAUGUCAAUAAAAUAAUUCAGCAACAAUUACAACCCAAUUUUUUUUUCUUGUCUAUAAAAUCAUAAUUCAAAAAGAAAAAUUUAAGGUCCUCCAAGCUAUGAUAUUAUCUGGCCAAUUUGGGCAUUAAUUAAUAUAACUUUAAUUACUGCCUUUUUGGUAAGAUUUGAUAUAUGUUAACACUUUGUGAUUGUUUACUGUUUUAUACUGUAAAUUCAAGGUUUCAUUUUUGUAACACUGUUACAUAUUAUUAAUAAUUAUUCUCCAGGUUGUACUUUUUCUUACAGGUGGUAGCACACCAUACCCAAUGCAAUAAAAGUGCAGCAGUGUGGUUUAUAAGCAUAACAUCUAGAUUUAACUGUUCUGGAGUUUCAGAAAGAUGCAAGUUGAAUGAAAAAAAUUUGUUUUGUAUUGUACAUAACAUUUUUACUCAAACAAGAAGUGUGCUGAAAAACAAAAAUACAGCAAAUACAAAUAAUUGGAAAGCAUUUAUGAUAUGAGGAGAUAUCUGUUUAUAUGCAUGUUUCAAGAAAAACAAACUACUUCAAAGGAAAACAUAUUUACUAGCUGUUUUAAUGUUUUGUGUCAGUUUUGUACAUGUAUAUGAAAAUGUGGAAUGGUGUAAGUGCAUCCAUGAAUCCAUGAUUGUUGCACUUUUGUUUGUUUUCUGCUUAGGAUAGCACUAUCCAGCCUUGAUGAA